UUUCUUUCUUCUCAGGCUGCUUGUUCUGUGUUCUUCUUCGGACACAGAUCACGACCUUUAUCUCCUUUUUGUUUUCUUCUUUCUCAUUUAUUUUCCAUGUAAAUUUCUCCCAAACCCUGUUUGGCUACCGAGAAAACUCUUUUUUUCUUUUCUCAAAGAAAAAAGAAAGAAAGAAAUUCACAACUAAAUUGUUGUUUUUUGUGCAUGAUCCUUGUGGGGCCGAAUCGAUUAAAGAGUUAAUUGUGUACCUAAAGUCCCGACACAGCUUCGAGGGGAUUUAAUUUAUGAGCACGAUAUCCCGUUAUUCGAUACAGGGUUUUAUUGUGAUUUGUGAUCCUCCUGCUCCGUCUUUCUGUGAUUGGGAUAGGAAUUGAAUGAAUGGAUCCUAUUGUAAAAUGCACAAUUUUGUUAAUUAUUCUUGGAUUAGUGGGGAAUGCCUUCUCCAUAAAUGAUUAUGAGCAUUGCGAAAAUGUGGUUAAAAAAUGGGCAACUACUUCGCAACAUGAACGCAACGAGGAUAAACACACGUUGAAGGAUUUACUCUUCUUCCUUCAUGUUCCUCGAACCGGUGGGCGAACCUAUUUCCACUGUUUCUUAAAGAAGUUAUAUUUGAGUUCUCUAGAAUGCCCUCGUUCUUAUGACAAGCUACGGUUUGAUCCUAGCAAGGAAAAAUGCAGGUUAUUGGUUACUCAUGAUGACUAUAGCAUAACCUCUAAACUUCCCAGGGACAGGACGUCAGUGGUGACAAUACUUAGGAAUCCAAUUGAUCGUGUCUUUAGCACUUACGAAUUUUCAGUGGAGGUGGCGGCUAGGUUUCUAGUGCAUCCCAACUUAACAUCUGCCAAACUAAUGACUGGUCGUCUACGAUCCAAAAGUAAAGGUGUAAGUACUCUGGAUAUAUGGCCUUGGAAGUAUCUGGUUCCAUGGAUGAGAGAAGACCUGUUUGCACGGAGAGAUGCUAGGAAAGCUAGGGGCACUACUGAAGUUUCGAGCAAUGAUCCAUACAACACGGAAGACGUUGCAAUGCCAUUACUCAAUUACAUCAAUGAUCCAUUAGCUCAUGAAAUUGUCCAUAAUGGAGCAACCUUUCAGAUUGCAGGAUUGACAAACAACUCUUAUUUACCUGAAUCACAUGAGGUGCGCCAUUGUGUAGACAAGUACCAUAAUCUUGGUGACUAUGUGCUUCAAGUUGCAAAGAAGAGGUUGGACAAUAUGUUAUAUGUUGGUCUAACUGAGGACCAUAGGGAAUCUGCAACAAUGUUUGCCAAUGUGGUUGGACAACAAGUGAUUUCUCAGUUGGCAAACUACAAACCUAUUGGUGAGGGAGCCACUGUUAACAGAUCAGAACCGAGAAGUUCAUUAUCUGAUUCAGAACUGGAUCAGAAUACCAAUUCAGACGAGAAGGGGAAUGAAGCCACACCAUCAUCAGAUGACAAUGACAUAAAGCAAGAGAGUAUGACUGUGGGAAAACUUAUGGACACAUAUGAGGUUUGCAUUUCCAGUUUGCGAAAGACCCAAGCACGUCGGCGUAUAGCUUCUUUGAAGAGAAUCUCACCAGAAAAUUUCACAAAGGAGGCACGUCUUCAAGUUCCUCAGAUGGUCCUUCAGCAGAUACAAUCACUUAACAAGCUUGAUUUAGAGCUCUAUGAGUAUGCUCGACGCAUCUUUGCAAAGCAGCACAAGCAAGCAGCAGAGAGUUUGUUUGAUACGGAAACACUUGGAAGCAUCUUCUUUUAUUCAGGUGGCAUGAAGCUUUGGGAUGCCUGUUUGUGGACAAUGCCAUUUGUAUUGCUGUUUAUCUUCUGUUUUAAUGCAAAGAGAACUUUGAAAGUAAAGAUAUGAAUGUUAUUGACUAUUGGUUACAAGGAUCAUAAAUAAAGGAAAAUAGUUGUAUAAAAUGGAUGAAAGAAUAGAAGAUUAGCUUAUAUUAGUCAUCAUUUUGGAGUGCUUAAACGUUGGCUACAAGGGUUUUGGUAGAGAUUUUAUUAGGAUGUUAUAUAAAAGAAGAGGAAGCUUUAUGAUUUGUUUUCGCAUCACACAAUGACAAUCUCAUGCAGUUGUGUAGUUCCUUUCA